AUGGAUGUCGACAUAUGCAAUAAAUCAGGUUGUCAUUGGGACAAUGAUUGUGGGGCCAACAUCAAUGGCCCUACUGCUGAAGCUGUCUGGGCGGACCAUAUUGGCAAGAAGUUCAAGACUACCGGUUGGCCCUACCACUCCAAGAUGGAACAAAUCCUCCCUUCCCACAGCUCUGCGCAAGGCACUGCUGCCUAUCAUCCUGCUCUUUCAUCUCUACCUGAGAACGAACAACUGAUGGCCAGCACUAGUAGUGCAUCUUGUGACACUGAUGUAAACAUGUCAGAUGGCAAUCUGGUUCACAUCAAUACUCCAGACAUCCUUUCAGCUGACACUCGCAUGGCCCAGCCAGACAUUACCUGGGGCACUCCCCCUCCUGUUCCUGAAGCAGGCAGCAGUACUGCCAUUGUGCCUCCUAUGAGCAUGCUUCCUCCCCCAUCUUCAGGCUCUAGUGCUAGCAAGCACUUGCAUUUGGAAAUGAAUCACGGUACCUCAGCUGCUACCUCAGCUCCUCCAUCCACUGUGUGGACUUUGGUCUCACAGACGAAGCCAGAAUCAGAUAAGAAGCCCAGGCUUGCAACCACCAGUGGCAAGACAUGCCCAAGUGCAAGCAGGAGCAAGAAGAAUACCAAGGAUGUUGCCAACACUGCUGUGUUGAUGAACCUUUAG